GAGUCACUAAAGAGUUAAAAACUACACUCUCAAGAAGACAAUAAAGUAGCAUUUCCGUUUCAAGUCAGUAAAGUUUUCCUCUUGAAGCAGUCGAUCUGAGUAACCAGGAACAAACACAACACAUGGAGAUUUUAUGAAGAGACGCUUUUAUUGCAGCUCGUGAACUGAAUCACCGCUCAGAGGAACCGAAGCUCCGAUGGGGAACUGACAGCACAGGAGGAGGAUUAAACACGAUCACAUCCACUCCUUCAGAAGCUCUCAAAACACUUAAUUCUGGAAUAUAUCAACAACAACUGGCUCUACAUUGUUGUCGGUUACCGGGGAUAAUUAUUGUUUGGUUACUUUUAAGCCCGUCGGUUACUCGCUGAAUGGAUACAAGUUUGUCUCGAAGACGUUUUUAGCCGCCUGGCUAACUAUAACCAGCCGAGAGAUAUGAAGACUUCGGGACCACAACACAUAACAGAGUUACAGACUCGGCGUUUACCCUAAAUAAACUUCUGUGAGAGCCCUUGUCUCGGUUCAUAUCAGAUGAGUCCAACAUAUGUGUUGUGAAACAGCGGAUAAGUUCGCGUAACUUUAAAGGCUCCAAAGGUAAGGAGGAAUGGCAGAGGAACUGAAGACAUAGCUGUCCUGCAAGGAAGCAGGGUCUUUAGUGAACUUAUUAACCAACUUGCACUGCAGAGGAAGGUCUUCUUCCUUGAAAGGCUUGCAAUGUCAGACAGCCCUGCGGUGUGACGGCAGCCUCGUCGUCAUGCUGGCCCUUGGAGUGGACCAUGAGAAAAAAGGAGGACCAGGAGGAAAGUCACGAGAGCCUGGCAUCAACAUCAAGCAGAAAAUCUCACAAUGGGAGGUACUGAGCCAGCAGGAGGACGUCCGGAGUGGGAAAGUCCAGACCCAGCGAACCUUUGCUUCUCGCAGGCUUUCAGGGGACCUUCUUGGAAACGGAAUUGACUCCAGCGAUGGAGGUCGCAACAAAGCAACUGUAUCCAAAGCUAAAAGCCUGGGUUUGGAUUUCAGGGAAAACCUGAUGACUUUCAAACCAGUUACUCCUGAAGUCAAGCCUAAUUUCCCAAGAAAUCGAGAUCAUUUGAAUAAAUGUGUAACGCCAAGCACUGUAUCACAAGUCCAAGUGGCUAAAUCGAAUGUUAAAAGCAAUAAUAUCAACUCCAACCAUUUCUCAAAUGUGGAAAUUACAUCUCUACCUCAGUGUGUAGAUGAUCCAGAGGCAUCGCUGCCUCCAGGGAACUUUUACACCUCCAGGGGUUUCUGGAAACAACUGGAGGCGGAUGAAUCUUUCUGGGAGAGGGAGAAGGAUUCCUCGCUAAUGACUAAGGGACUUGAUUUUGGACCGUCUUCUCCUCCACCUAAACCGCAGCGCACAUUCCAGUACAAGGGUGCAAGCAGUCCUACCGGCCAGUGGAUCCAACCGAAGAACCAGACUCCAGCAGUCGGCAAAUUGAAUCAAGUCCGGAAGCAUGACAUCAUCUUAAAGCCACCCAGCUGUCCACCUCCUCCUUGUCCAGUCAACACUGUCAAUGGGUUUUCCAGACACCGAAAGAACAGGAAGUCAUUUGAGUUUGAGGAUGUGGUGCGGCUGUCAGCCCAAACGGCCUCUAGAGGGAAGGAGAGCCGCCGCUCGGGUCUUUAUCACGCCCUGUCUGAAGACAGCAUCUAUGAGGACAUCAUCUCGGAUAUGCCAAAAGAAAACCCAUAUGAAGACAUCACGCUUUCUCCCAUGUGUUUACCUAUAAGACGGCAACGAAACUACACAGUUGGACAAAGAGAAAGGCCACAGCUCAAGCUCUCACCGAAGCCCUUCACACUAUUGCCUAAUGGUGACCGGCUGCAUAAAGUGGGACGAGACCAUAGACAGCUAACAACAUCACCUACAUGCACCACCAUCUCCAGCUCUCCCAGAUCAUCAGCAGUCAAACCUGCUGCAACGUACAAGACAAGCCGGCAACCCCUGCUUAUAAACAGGAUCCAGGAGAUUUUUGAGUCCAAAAGAGGAAGGAAGCGCGUUUGGGUGACUGCAACCCGCGAUGAAUUGAGUGGGACAGAAAGCGAUCCCGAGGAGAGCUCUAAAGAUCGCUCUCAUCGCACAGUGUAUGUUCAGUCAACCCUGAAACGAAAGCCAGGUUACCGCACUUUAGAGAGGGAUCUGAUCCAACUUCAGCAGCAGCAGCUUUUCCAACAGUUUGUUGUGGUGUCGCUUAGAAAAGGCUCCCCUGGAAACACAUACAUACCUGAGAUCACACAACAGUUCCCUACCAAGUUUGAGAAGUCUUCCCGUCUGUCUCGUGAGGCUGAAGACAGAUUGAGAGCGAUUCCCAAGUUUUGUUUUCCUGACUGUCAUGACUGGCGUCCCUCCUCGGACCACACCAGUGAAACGUUUUCAUUUGUCCUGACGGGGGAGGAUGGGAGUCGCUUAUUUGGAUACUGCCGCAAAAUCCUGCCCAGUGGGAAAGGGAAGAGACUGCCCGAAGUUCACUGUAUCAUCAGCAGACUGGGCUGCUUCAAUCUCUUCUCAAAGAUCCUGGAGGAGGUGGAGAGGAGGAGAGAGAUUUCUCCUGCGCUGGUUUCUCCUUUCAUGCACAGCGUCAUGGAAGCUCCUUUUCCAGCUCCUGGACGCACAAUCACCGUCAAGAGCUUCCUGCCAGGGUCUGGAAAUGAGGUUCUGACUCUGUGCCGGCCGGUGGACUCUCGUCUGGAGCACGUGGACUUUGAGAGUUUGCUGCAGUGUCUUAGUGUCUCCAGACUCCUGCAGGUCUUCGCUUCACUGAUGCUGGAGAGGAGAGUGAUCUUCAUCGCAGACAAACUCAGUGUUUUAUCUCGGUGUGCCCACUCUGCCCUGGCACUACUCUACCCCUUCACAUGGCAGCACACAUUCGUGCCUGUUCUUCCGGCGGGCAUGCUGGACAUUUGCUGCUCUCCCACUCCAUUUGUAAUGGGGGCUCUGUCUCCAUCCCUGCCCGAGGUGCUGGACAUGCCCAUUGAGGAGGUGCUUAUUGUGGAUUUGUGUACGGACAAGUUUGUCGUUCAGCUUGGAGACGAGGACUGUAUUUUGCCCAGUAAACUGCAGGCAGCUCUUCAAGAGAUCCUGGAGAACAGAGAGGAGAUACUGGAACAAAACCGCAGAGACAGAAGAGGAGAUAAGUCAGACUUGAGCACGUUGGUGUCGGAGGCGUUUGUGUGGUUUUUCGUGGAGAUCGUGGGCCAUUAUUCUCUCAACAUGAGCGACUCGGGACCCGGCGGGACCAGAGAACUGCAGAGAGACGCUUUUAGAAAGUCUCACCCAUCCAGAGGCGUCCGGCAGCUCCUGCAGCUCUUCAUGGACACACAGAUGUUUGCUGGAUUCAUUCAGGACCGAGAACUCAGAAAAGGAGGAGUUAAAGGUAAGAGGAGAAAUAAAGCCUGUUUAAAGGUCAUUUCACAGCAAGAAUGA